UGUCUUCAGGGGAUAAAUGGAGAGUGAUUGAGCUAAGAUCAAGAAAAACCAAGUAUAUCUUCUCUCUGUUCCUUUGUCCUGUGGAAAAGCGAAGAUUUUGAAUUCGAAUCAUGGCUGAUUCAUUAAAGAAUGUCAUUGCUCAGAGUCUGGAGUGUCCUGUAUGUCUGAAUACCUUCACCGAUCCAAAGAUUCUGUCUUGUUCUCACACCUACUGCAAGACCUGUCUAGACAACCUCUUGGAAUGCCAUGGUAACGACCAGAUGCUCCGAUGCCCUGUCUGCAGAGCUGAAACCCAGGUCCCAAACCAUGAUGUCAGCAAAUUACCGGCAAAUCUAGCUUUGAAGUCUCUCAUAGAGGACGUGAAAAAUCACUAUCACUUUUGCUCGAUUUGUAAAUCCGAGGACAGGACGCAAGCUGUUGUCUACUGUCAAGACUGUGACAAGUACCUCUGUAUCACUUGUCACAACACACACUCUCUGUGGCGAGACUUCAUCAGUCAUGAGGUCUUAGCCAUAAGUGAGAUCGAAUCAGGAAAGGUGUCAGUACGUAGAUACCGUAAGUGCAGGAAACACCCAAAAGAGGAUGAGGAGUGCUUCUGUUCCGACUGCAGGAGAUUUGCCUGCUUCAGGUGUGUUGUCAUGGAGCAUAAAGACGAAGGACAUCGGAUCAUCGAGGCAGCUCUUUAUGAAAGCAGCCAUAUGGAGAAUAUCGAGGUCCUCAAAUCGAAGGCGGAAAAGAAACGAUCUUGCUUUCAGAAAUAUAUUGAUUUCAUUGAUGAACAGAAGGAGCGUGUGAGCAAUGUACAGAAGCAGUGUACAGAUGAUAUUAACAAUGCAUAUGACGAAUCAGUCAAGCAGUUGACAAAGAAGAAAGAAAGUCUCAUUGGCGAAGUCAAGGGUAAGACCGAAGGAGUAGAGAAAGAACUGGACGAAAUGAAAAAAUCGGCUCAGGAGCACAUCACUCACUUGACCACCAUAGCUGACGUGGUAACCAAUAGGACAAAGAUACCGUUAGAUAUGGAUGCUUUGGCUGCACACGACACUCUAUGUCAAGACUUGCAAGAGGCCUUGAAACAAGAAGAUCCUGACUACAAGCAGCCGAUGCAAUCGAGCAAGAAAGGGAAAAGUGUCACUUUUAAGAGAAACGUUGGAAUGGACGAGCUAACUCUCGGUAAGAUAGUAUAUGCAGUUGCAAAGAACAUCGUUUUGCCUAAUAAGGGUAGAAUGAAUGCCAUGGUUGGUACACCAGACGGUAGGAUGGCAGUGGGAUGUAGUACAGGUGGUGUGAAUAUUUUCUCUGUUGAUGGCCAGAUCCAGCAGACAGUUCUUAAACAUGUGAUGAUUCGUGGAGUAGGGUUCCUCUCUGAUGGUCGGUAUGUCAUACUUGAUGGCUCAAACAAAAUCACACUGUACACACUAGAGCAAACAAAGUUGAAUGUAAUGUUUGAGACUCUGAUUCACGAUGAGGGUGGAUGGGCUAACCUCGCUGUAGACGGUGAUGAUCAUGUCUAUGUUAGCUACAGGAAAGCACAGAAGAUCCAGGUAUUCUCACCAGCAGGGGGAAGGGCGAUCAGGGAGAUACCAUGGUAUGGGUAUGAACCUGUGCAAAUUAAUUACUUGUUAUAAUGAUUACAUGAUCACUGCGUCUGGCAAUACAAUACGAUUGAUUGACAAACAAGGUGUUGUAAAGUAUCAAUUAACGGAAUUUGGUUAUUUCCCAUAUGCCGCUGUGUCUCAAUGGAAUACAAUCCUGAUAGCCAAGUUAAAGCACGAUGUAGGUUUAGUCAGCAUUGAUGAGUACACUAGCGAGCUGAAGCAUGUCCGGAACCUCGUCAUUGAUUACAAGAUUGAAAAGCAUGAGAAAAAUUGGUACUAUCUCAGUCAGUACCGAUCAGGAGAGAUCGCUCUCUGCACUCCUGAUAUCCUUUAUAUAUUCCACUGAAAUAAACAGAUGACUCCUCAUUACUAACAUUGUAUGAUAUCACUGUUUUCAGGCGAAUAGGAAGACGGGGGGGGGGGUGCGUCCGGACCUUUUUUUAUUUCUGGUAAAAAGAGUAACAUAAUAUUUCGUUGAAAGAUGACCCCUCCCGACCCGUGUUUUCAAAGGCUUCUAACAUGCCUUGUGUUUCUGUGACUUCAUAAAUUGUAUAUAAUAUCCAGUGGAAUCAGUUAUAUCUUGAACUAGGUGAAAUUGAGUUUUGGUGACUGUUUCAGAAACGAAAUUCCUAGAUCAAGUAGAUGAAUUUGAAUGAUGGAACCUUUCUAAAAACAUAAAAAGUAAGCUCUUUUUUAAUACAAUUCUGACGUGUUUAUCUUUUAAGAUUGAGUUGUUGAUGAUGACUCUACAUGUGAAUGUGACUCUUUUGGUAGCUGCUAUAUAUAUGUAUAAAUGGUGUAGACACUAAUUUAUUAUUGUGGACUCAAAGAUUGUUUUACAGUAGGCGAUAAUCAUCUUAGUGAUUUAAUUGUUUAUGCAUUGCUGUUAAAUACAUUGAAUAUCUUUCCUUCAUUUUCAACGAUGCAUUUCAGAUCACUUUACGAUUAUUCAAAUUAAUGUUUACAUUUUAUGCAGAAUUAUGAGAGG